CCAAUUGCUCAUCCCCAUCUGAUUCACUAUUGAUUUUCACAAUAACAAAAGUGGCAAAUAAAGCAAAUUGGAAGCGUAGAAAUUCUAAAACCCGGAAUGACGAGAUGCAGCCUGGUACUCCUGGGGCUCCUCCUGGCCCUGGGCAACCGGGUCAACGCCAGCGAUAUCACCGAUAAGGUGUUUGAAAAUAUCAAAGAAGGCAUUGUGGCAGCUUUUGGGGACUUUAAUUCCGACGAACUCACGGAUGUCUUUGUAAUUCGCGAUAAUAUGAAGACGUUGCAGAUUCUCUAUGGUCACUACACGGAACCACUGCUCAUCGUGGGACCCUACUGCCAGUACGACGGUAAAACCAUCGUGAGUGUUAUUCCCGGAGAUUUCGAUGGCGACGCUCAAAUGGACGUGCUGGUUAACCUGAAGGGCAGUAACGAGGAUACCUACGAAGUCCACAUCAACUGGGGCAACACGACCGAACUCAAUUGCUCCAAGAAGUCGCUCUUCACGAGCAAAGGAGAAGUGAUGGCCCUGGAUUUCAAUCGCGACAUGAUCAUCGAUUUGUUCGGAUUGGACACCAAUGACCUCCGUACCUUCUGGAUAUUCAACAGCAACAGGCUUCCCCCAGAGCCCACCCACCAAGCAGAGCCCCCAGGGCUCAGUGGCAACUCGUUGAGCAUCCCCAAUGCAAAUGCUUAUCUGGAUCUGAACGGCGAUUUCCUCGCCGACCUUUUCCUGCAGACGCAGAACUACUUUGAAGUUUGGUACGGCAUAAAUGAGAGUGACAAGCAGGAGAACUUUAGAUACCAGAAGCAGAUCAAGUUCCAGCCGAUUGGAGACGGUGUCUACCACAUCGGACAGGCGGUCUUUAUGGACUUUGAGUUGAAGGGCGUGCAGAACAUUGUGGUGCCCUUCUGCAUUCACGCAAACUGCAGAAACUCCUCGAUCCUGGUGCAUGAUGGCCAGGAUUUCCGGAAUCUACAUGUCAACUUCCGUGAUCCACAGGGCAUCUCCUGGGCCUUUGUGCCGCCCGUGUCGGAUGAUGUUUAUUUGAGAACCAUCACGGCGAGGAGCGGUGACUUUAACCUGGACGGCUACCCGGAUUUGCUGGUCACGCUGCAGCCACUAAACGUGGGCAAGCCGGUGAUGCAGACGUUUCUGCUGGAGAACGUGCCCUGCACUACGUGUCACAAGCAGCUAAAGCGCACUUUCGAGGUGCGCUGGGGCGCCCUUUCGCCGAUGGGCAACAACACGGUGGCCGGCGCCUUUUACGACUUCUACCAGGACGGUGUGCUUGAUGUGAUCCUCAUCCGUAAGGAUGCGAAAGGCAAAUACCAGCCACUAGCCUUCCUGAACACCCUCGACUACGAUGCGAACUUUGUAAAGGUGAUUGUGCUGACUGGUUUGGACAACAAGCAGAACCCUGAGCGACGCACUCCCUUGGGUAGGAAAAAACGCACGUACGGCACAAACUUGCCAGGACCCCGCAUCACAUACAGUACCACCACCCAGGAUGGGGAUCAGCAGUGCGGAAGCAGCGUGCAAUUGCCGCAGGCAUCCUACUUCGCCUUGCAGCUGCCGUACACUUGCUUUGGUUUAGGUCGUACGCCAAAUUUCGUGGAUCAACUGACCGUAGGGCUGGGCGGCAAGUGGCACAACUGGACGCAACUCAUACCCAACUCACAAAUGAUUGUGGUGCCAAAGCCUCUGGACGAACCGUCGCGCUGGAAGGCCCAGCUUUUCGUUACGCCCAGCAAACUCAUUCUAAUGAGCGUAGUGGCGCUGGGCGGCACCUGCCUGGUCAUCGUCUUUAUUAUUCUUGUGCUAUACAUCAAGGAGAAGCGCGAGGAUAAACAGGAGCGGCUGCAAGAGUCACACAAAUUCCAUUUCGAUGCGAUGUAAGAUCGCGAAUUAAAUGUACACUAAGUAGUUUUCUCUUUCGUUUCAACCAAGUCAGUUGAGUUUAAUAUUUUAUGAUUAAUUAACGUUGAUUAAUAUGCCCAAAACGAGAACUGCACCCUGCCGAUUCCAUUAGGAGCUUUCCAAUCUCAUUGACGCCUUAACUUUUCCCAAUCAGAUUGUAAAAAAGAAGAAAUAAUUGAUGGGGCAACUUAAGGCGCCACUUCAAAACCGAACUAAUAAUGCAAUCGACAGAGUGCGUCCUCUACAUCAGAUAUAUAUGUAUAUGGUUUAAGAAAUGUGAUAAAUAUAAAAGCGAUAAAAAAAUAA